AUGACGGCGGAUGGGGUUCAUGGUAACAUCGAGAAGCGCAUUUGUCGCUUGGAGAAUAUUUAUGAUUAUGACGAUUUGAAAAACGCAAUCAAAACAUCAAGGAAAAAUAUUGCAGUAGUAGAAUUGGAAGCUUUUCACGAAUGGGACAAGAAAAAAAGACAAUUACGAAAAAACAACGAUUCGCUUAAAGAAUUGUCGCUAAACUCCCUUGUGGAAGUCAAUUUUCAUAGAGGUUUCAAGGAAAUGCGUUAUAAAAUUGAUUUCGAUGAUGAAUACAAAAGUAUAUCCAUUUCAAUCCCUGUGAUCGCGAUCACACUGUUUUGUUUGAUUCCCGAAAUAUCUGCGCUGUCAUGCCUCGAAGUGAAAAGGUCCUACGAAAAAACUUGUUUGGAAUCAGAGCACGACAACUACGUUCAAUGCGUCAGAACGCGAAUGAAACGGCAUCCUCGGGAUUGCAGCUACAACGACAACUGCUAUGACUGUGACUGCGAUUUAUGUGCUUACAGUGAAUGCGGAGAUGACAAAAAAUUUUCAAAUAAUAAGAAUAUCUCACCAAUCAGGCGACGCGAAGAUGGAGUUACUUUAGGAGUUGCCAAGGGAGUCAGCGAAGGAGUCACCGAAGGAGUUAUUGACGGUUGA